AUGGCAGUGACUCGAGGCGACGCCGACCAGGUUGGCGGCCCUGACACGUUCGUCCUGCACAGUCGCGUGGCGACUACAGUGAAAUACAUCGCGCAUUUUGGCAAAGCUAGCAAAAACAGCCAGGGGAUGACGCACAUCAUUCCACAAUGGGGAAGCGCCACAGGCGCCAUUGUCAGACGCCAAAUCGAUGGUGGCACCGAUCUUGCAUUUGCGAAACCGAGAACCAGGUUCACAACGAUCCCGUACAACCGCAAGGUCCUUGGUUACAUAAUCGGUCAGGGAUGCCCCAAUCUAGGUCCAGUCGAGCGUCCGUCAUGA